AUGUAUCCGCCCCUCUUAAACAUAGGUGUGGCCGACCUUCUCGAGUCGGACCCUCGUCCUACCUUUGUCGUCGCACUCCCCUCCUCCUCCUCCCCCGCCACCCCUGCCGAACUCGUAUAUAGCAACCCGGCUCUCACCCGCGCUUCUGGCCUCCUCGACAAGCUCUUGUCCUCUUCUGAACUAGAAGAGGAAGAUUUUUGGAAAUGGAUUAGCACCAUCGACGGCUCGGUUCCGCAUUCCUGUUCCCAUCACAGUGCAUAUUGGACCAAAAACGUCCUGCAUUCGACAUGGGUUGUUGUUAGCUGCAACCUCGCCUCGCCGCCCAUGGACAUCUCUCGCCUGUGCCUCGACUCACCGCGCGAUUACCUCGGCAUGCUCCAAAACCAUUCGUCCGCGCCACCGACACCGGCCGCCGAGGUGGGUCUCGACUACGAAAAGCCCAAGCCGACGCGAGUUGCCAGCGAGCCGGAAUUCAAGUUACCCGACCUCUCAUCGGAACAAAAUACGUUCCUUGAUGUCGUUGAGAACGUGGAUUGGAGCGCAACCUCGCUCGGCCCCAUGGAUAACUGGCCGCCUUACAUCCAGCAGACGUACAGCCAGAUCCUGUGCAAUUCCCAGCCUUCAGCCAUAUAUUGGGGCGAAGACUUGGAGACGAUAUAUAACGAGGCUUUUAGCGAACUCCUCGGGCCUCGCCACCCGUCCGUCCUCGGCAAGCCCAUGGCCAAAGUCUUUCCAGACAUGGCCGAUCAGAUCAGGAAACUCAUGGAUGUCGCCGUCACAAAGCAACGCGCCAGCAACGAGGACGAGACGCGCUUCUUCGUCGAGACGAACAACGGUCGCCUCCUCGAGACGUACCUCAAGUGGUCCAUUGUCCCCCUCAUCCAAAAUCACCGGUGUUACGGCUUCGUACACUCCAUCGCAGACAGCACCAUGUAUCACCUCUUCCGCAGGCGUCUCAAAAUGCUUGUCAACAUGGGUGACCAGCUCAUCGCUGUGAAGGAUGUCAAGUCGUAUUGGACUAAGCUCAUCGAGGAGCUCUCCAUCGCCAAGCCUAGCUAUGAUAUUCCUCUGGCCAUACUCUACUCCAUCGAAAAAGAGGAGAAGCUCGACAAGGAAUCCACGAAGCAUGGCUUCAUCAAAAUAUGUCACUUGGAGGGCGCCUUGGGCGUAUCGGGGGGUCACCCAAUUACUCCGAGGAGGCUCCAUCUUGGUUAUGCCGAAGAUGGUCUGGCCACGCAGUUCCGCAAAGCAUUGCGCACGAGGCGACCCUUGCUGAUCAGCACCGAAGAUGGCACCUUGCCUAAGGAUCUUCUCGAGGGUAUUUCGUGGCGAGGCUUUGGAGACCCUUGCACGGGAGCCAUUGUGAUUCCGAUUCGUCCCACAAAGGACGAGGAGGCGAUGGGCUUGUUGGUGAUUGGUCUCAACCCUCGAAGACCCUACGACGAUUCGUACAAGCUCUACAUCCGACUCCUCAACCAGAAACUGACCACGUCCCUCGCCUGUACUGUACUCAUAGAGGAAGAGAGACGGCGGGGCAGAAAUGCCGCCGAGCAGGCCCGUUACGAUCAAGCCAUCCUUAAAGAGAAGCUAGCGCACCAGACGCAAGAGGCCAUCGAGUACACCAGGCUGUUCCAGACGGUCUCCGAAUUCAUCCCCAACGGCUUCUCCAUCGGGGACCACCAGGGCAACAUCACGUUUGCCAACGAUCUCUGGUACCGCAUCACCGGUUACCCCGAAAGGCCCGCCUCCAGUGCCGGGUUUCUCGCAUACGUCGUCGAGGAGGACCGCGAGAAGAUUCGAAGUGCAUAUAUACGCUUGAAAAAGACCGACCAAGUGAAUUUUGAGUUUCGCGAGCAGCACAGUCCCAAUCCCAACCCGGCCUCCCCUUUCCGCAGCCCCGGGAUUGAACGGUCAGGCUUUCUUGUGGAAUCGGUCAGGCAUGUCAUGGCCCAGGCCAAGGCUGAACGUGCCAGGGACGGGACCAUCAUCCGCACCUUCACCUGCUUGACGGACGUCACGGCUCACAGGAGGACAGCUGACGAGGCAGUGAGACGAGCCCAAGAGGCUGUCAACCUGAAACGUAUGGCGGAGCUGGCAACGGUGGGCAUGUUCGACAUGGAUAUGACCGGACGGCUGCUCGGUGCAAACAACGUUUUUUAUGAGCUGUGCGGCAUCGACAAGGUAAAUCCCCUCAAGGUCGAAGUCCGCCCUUGGGCCACUUCGGUAGUGGAGGAGGAUCUGCCACACCUCACCGAGAGCAUCUCGAAGCUCAGUCGGGAGGCCAAGCCACAGGUGGCCGAGGUCCGACUGAAGACGACCUGGAUCGCGCAGGACAAGGCGGGGAACAACAUCACUGCGCCACGUUGGGUCAAUGCGACGUUCAUGCCGGUCCAAGACUCGGACGGAGUGGUGCAAUCAGUCACCGGCUGCCUCAGCGACGUGUCCCUGCCAAAGUGGCAGCUGGAGCUCGAGACGGAGCGCAAGGAAGAGGCGAUCGAAUCGAAGCGCCAGCAAGACAACUUUAUCGACAUGACGUCGCACGAGAUGCGCAACCCCCUGAGCGCUAUCGUCCAUUGCUCCGAUGCUAUCAUCGCUUCUCUGUCCAAGAGCCAGGAGAUGGUCGACCAGGCGCGCGAGAGGGCGAUCGGGGAGGAGCCAGGAGGCUCGGGACUCGAUACGGGCGCCAUUUUGGAGCUGCUCGCCGAUAGCAUCGAUAACGCGGAGACGAUCGUAGCCUGUGCGCAGCAUCAGAAGCGCAUCGUCGACGACAUUCUCACCAUGUCCAAGCUCGAUUCGAAGCUGCUUGCCGUUACGCCUUGCACGGUAAACCCGAUCCAGAUCGGCCAGGAAGCGCUGAGGAUGUUCGACGUGGAAGCCCGCCGAGUCGACAUUGACCUCAGCAUGACGAUCGACGGGUCCUACACCGACAUGGGAUACGAGUACCUGGACCUCGACCCCUCUCGGGUGAAACAGGUGCUCAUCAACCUCUUGACCAACGCGCUGAAGUUUACCAAGUCGGGGUCGACGCGCAACGUGUCUGUGUCGAUGAAGGCCUCGCUGGAGAGGCCGAGUGACGAGACGUCGGCGGUGACUUUCAUACCACGAUCGUGCGACGAGUCGGCAGAAUACGAGCAACCGGCACUCGAAGGGCGGAAGGACCCCGUCUACCUCAUGUUCGAGGUGAAGGAUACGGGUCAGGGACUGACGGAAGAGGAGAAGUCGAACUUAUUCAACCGGUUCGUGCAGGCCAGUUCCCGGACGCACGUCAAGUACGGGGGUUCGGGCCUUGGCCUCUUCAUCUCUCGCAGGUUGAUCGAGCUCCAGAAGGGGGCCAUUGGGGUUUCCAGCUUGCCCGGGGUCGGCUCGACGUUUGCUUUCUUCAUCGAGGCGUACGUACCUUCGGAGGCCAACCGACAGGAGGCGGAGCUGGCGGCGGCGGAGGCCAAGGCCAGCGCGCAAGGGGCGAACACGCCGCCGAAGCGUGUGGUGGAGCGCGAGGUCCCGUCGGGGGAUCGGCACGAUCCGCGCAUCGACGGGGUCCUCAUCGUGGAAGACAAUCUGAUCAACCAGCAGAUUACUCGACGCGGGCUUCAGGAUCGAGGCUUCAAAGUGGACGUGGCCAACCACGGGGUCGAGGCGCUGGAAAAGCUGAACAAGUCCAUCGCAUUGCGGAACGGCACCUGUGCGGAUGGAAGAUAUGGCGGCGCUGCGGGGAGCCCCCUGGCGGGGAUCAACAUGAUCUUGAUGGACAUCGAGAUGCCGGUGCAGGACGGGUUGACGUGCACGCAAAAGAUCCGCGAACUCGAGAGUCAGGGGAAGGAGUUUUGCGCGAGCGGAGGACGCAUUCCCAUCAUCGCGGUGAGCGCCAAUGCGCGGACGGAGCAGAUCCGGCAGGCGAAGAUGGCGGGGUGCGACGACGUGCUUGUCAAGCCGUACCGAAUGCCGGAGUUGAUCGAGAAGAUGCAGACAGUCGCGCGGCGUGUGGCGGGGCAGUCAAAACCGGGAGGUGUACCAAAAGUGUAG